AUGUCAACCACGGUCACUUACCCCGUCAUGGCAGAGCUGAAAGAGCCGGCGCAUUCCAAUCUUUGGUCGAACUAUGGGAGUCCCGUCCAAAUGUCGUCUCGAUUCAACAACAGCCUGGAUCCCGGCCUCGGAGGCCACGCCGCCAACUCGCCACACGCGGGACGCCCUAGAAGCACCCAUCCGAGUGUAGACCACGGAUCUUAUCCCUAUGGUCGCUAUCCUCAAGACGAGUCUGAUGCAUACGACAGACAUUCGCAUCCCAGCUUGACUUCCCACCACAGCUUCCCCAAUCUCAAGAGACCCUACUCUCAAACCGAACAGCCCCCUUACCAGGAGAUUGUCCAGGACCUGAGGGACGAUGGCUCCAAACUGACCGUCAACCACGACCACAAGCUGCUCUCGUUCAAGAGGGUACAGGAUAAGCACACCAUUGUCGACCAGCAUGGGCGGAUGCAACAGCUGGAGCUGUCCGCUCAACUGCACGGAAUGUUCUUUCUGUCCGAGAUGCCAGCCAACAGCACCGACGGUUCCAUCCUCCAACCCGAGCUGACCUGCUACCGACGAAACCUCUUCCAGAUUAGCGGCUCUCUCAUCACCCCGCGAGGCCAGCUCUCUGUCAUAUCCGAAACCGGCGAGACGGUCCCAGUUAGCAACACCGAAGUAACCAUCUCUGCAAUCGAGUCUGUCGAUGGACAUCCCGUCCGACUCAUCGUCAUCCCCUGGAAGACGCCGCCACCCAACUCCCCGGAGAUCACCCAGAGCCCAGACCAGGAGCCAGCAUCACUUCCGCUGAUCCCGUUCCAAGAAGACGGUUCGGAAUCCGACGGCGAGUAUGCUGUUUACCCAAUUGGCUGGCGCCGACUGCAGUUCAGAAUCGCAACUGCAAACAACGGGCGGCGAAAGGAACUCCAGCAACACUUUGUGCUUCACCUCAAGGUUGUUGGGACAUUGGCCAACGGAAGCAAGAUUGUGCUCACUGAAGCGACUACUGCACCAAUUGUUGUACGAGGCCGCAGUCCUCGCAACUUCCAGGCGAGGAAGGAGAUUCCCCUACUAGGGUCGAGCGCUGGCUCCAGAGGCCAGGCUUUGGUUGAGACUGGGCUGGGUAUUGUGGCAGGACCGUUGGCUAUCAAGCCGCAGGAUGCCAAGGCGAGGGCAUUAGACAUGCAGAUGCCCCGUUCUGCCUUCACCUUUAACGCGGGAGGGCCUAAGAUGCCGGGAGCACCCAUGGGAGCCAUGAGAUCAAAUUCAUACCCCAACUGGUCCUCCUCAAACUCGGUGCCCGGGAUGUCACAGCUACCAGCAGCUGGCUCAGGAAGCUACCCGGCGACGAGUAUGGGAGAGUCUUACCACAAGGUUUCUCUGCCGGGAAGCGCAAGCUUCAGCGGAGAGGGCCAUGAUAUGCCUUUACAAACGUCGAUGCCUUCAGUUCAGCUUUCUCUGGUUGCCAACGACCAACAGCAGCCUCCCAUCAGGACACAGUACGCCUACGUGCAAAGCACAACUGCUCCGCCACCACUAUCCGUAUCAGCCACGGCAAUGGCAUCGAGCGCAGACAACGCACUCAACGUGCCCAGAUAUGUCGAUAACCCUCGACCUACCAAAAGCCCACGGCACGCAAGUCAGCCUUCCAUCGGGUCCAUGUCUCAUCAUGAGGCAUCCCCAGAGUACCGAUACGGCUCUUCAUACGGAGCAGUGGGCAGUAACCCUAGCGACAUUGCACCGCCGUCCUACAAGCCCGAACCCCCCGCGUCACACCCCAACCCUUCUCGAGACUACUACCCGCCCUCGAGCUCUUGGACAACAACAGCCGGAGAGCCUGCCUCGACGGUGGCAUACAGCAGCAGUGAAGCAAGGCCUUACGGUUUUCCUGACCAGUACGCGAGCGGAGGCUCUGCGCCGACGCCCAAGCAGGAGCAUGGGCCCGCUCCGCCAGCCCCUGGUUCAUACAGCAGCGCUCACCGGGGCUCGUUUGACGGCAUGAACCAUUAUUCCUGGAACACUAAUUAA